AGAAAUGGCAUAUUUUCUGGAAGAACUUCCAGGGUUGCCAAUACUUUCCUCCAUGACUGUGUAAGAUUUUUUUAUUCAGUCAUGUUCAUAUGCUUCUUGGAGUGCAUUGUACAUGCCAAACAGUUGUAAUGCUUGUUGGUUUGUUUGAAAAACAGAAAAGAGUCAAACCCAAUGUUUCUACCAAUCAGAGCCUAGGCUGUUUCCCCGCCUUCCUUGGCAUUUUUUUUUCAAUGACACAGCAUUGUUGAGUCGGUUCAGCUUUACCCCAGAGUAUCAUUUCACUUUACAUUCACACGGUGGUUGGUUUGCUGUGCAGUUUACAUUUACCAUCAUUGUUGACAUGGCUGAUGUUGUUCUAUACUACGUUAAUGGGAGGGGAAGAAUGGAGUCAAUCCGCUGGCUUCUGGCAGUUGCAGAGGUUGAUUUCGAUGAGGUUUUCCUGGAGAAUAAUGAACAAUAUCAAAAACUCAUAAAUGAUGGAGAGCUCAUGUUUCAGCAACUUCCCUUGGUGAAGAUAGAUGGCAUGAAUCUUGUUCAAACAAAGGCCAUCCUGAAUUAUAUCGCAGAGAAGUACAAUCUACAUGGAAAAGAUAUAAAAGAGCGUGUCAUGAUCAACAUGUACUCAGAGGGAGUGAUGGAUCUGAUGGAAAAGAUCAUGAUGCUGCCCUUCACUGGAGAGUCUCCAGAGAAACUGGAGGCAAUUAAAGCAGGAGCAAAAGGACGCUACCUCCCUGUGUAUGAGAAGGCGUUGGAUAAAUCGGGUUACCUGGUGGGAGAUAAACUGAGCAGGGCAGAUGUGCUUCUGCUUGAAUGCUCACUGAUGCUGGAGGAGAAAUUUCCUGAGAUCCUCUGUGAUUUUCCCAACAUCAAGUCUUUCCAGGGGAGGAUGUGCAAUAUUCCUUGCAUCCAAAAGUUUCUGCAACCAGGCAGCAAGAGGAAGCUGCCACCAGAUGAAGCCUACAUGAAAAUGGUCAGGAAGGUGUUCAAUUUCUAAGCUGUGUUCACACUCCAGGCCAAGAUGAUCUGAUUCUGAUUCUUUUGCUUCUAUAAGACUCAUACUUUGUUUAGACUUUGCAUCAACACAGAUUUUUAUCCGUUUUGGCCAUUUAGAUACAGAGUAGUAAUCCUCAACAGAAGGUGUGAAUGCACCUCAAUGGCUCCUGAAGACAAUUUGAUAUCAAAUAAUUCAGACUGCAUACAAAAGGGGUCUGAGAGGCUCUCAUUAAGACUGGAUCAGUGGUGUAAGUGCUAGGCAAACCAGCAGGCCUCAAAGACUGCCAAGUCAACUGAUAGAAUCUGUGAUUUCAGUAGCUGACAGGGUUGAAGCGCUUAAUAUUCUUUCAAAAAGCCCCAAACUUUGGGUAAAUUUAAAUCUCUGUGCCAUUUAUAGUCUGCCUUCCCCUGGCUGAACUCCAGCAAAUCAAUGGAAAUUUGAUAAAUGAUUGAUAAAUUAUGCUGAAUUAUGAUGUUUUUAGCUGGAACUAUCAUUCUAAUGCAGACGAUGUGCAGAUUUUGGGAGAUUUUAAGUCCAUAUGUGUAUUUAAAUGACUUAAAAUAGUGCUUGAUGCUGAUCUAUGGAACAUUUACAGCGGAACAUGCCCUUAGAAACCUGGCAUGCCAGACAGAUGUUUUCACAUAUCCAUGGCAACAAACACUUCAGGUUUUGCAAGCAGGAUACGCCUGAUUACAGACAUGGAAUCUGGCCGGUCCAUGCUUUGCCCCUGAACUAACCUGAAUUUGGGUGCAACAGGUUUUAGAGAUCCAGAUCAUCAUCAGUUCAACUCUGACUUUUUUAAACUGUCUCUCCGACUGGUGCCAGCCCUCACUGUUCAUGUAAAAGAGCUGUCUCUGUAAACCAGUUUGUCUGCAAAUGUCAAACCACAGCAGCUGGUAAUUGGUCAUCUUGAAUUGAGCUGUCAUUUCAGCCUUACCAGUACAUUACUUUGCUGAAUAGGUCAUUACUGUUCCUGUGAAAUCAUGUCUAUAACAACAAUAGAGGGAAAAAGCAGUUAAAAAGGCACAGCUGGCCUGGUAGUCACUGAUGUAUUGUUAACUCUUAGUGUGGACACCUGCAGUCAUAAUGGCAUCUAGGCCCAAAAUGGACAUUUGAUGCAAGUAUAAAUGACCCCUCAGCUCAAGUCACACUGGCUCUCAGAUUUGGGCCACUUUCCUUUAUGGAUCAAUGAUGUUUGACGCAGCAGUCUGACCGAGUGAUGUAAAGUGACCAAUAAAAAAAGAAUUGAUCAGCCAACGCUUUAUUAUUUUGAACUCUUUCAAAGAUGUGGUUCAUCCCUCUCUGUACUCUGAUUGUCGAUGGAUAGCUGUCCAUAAAAUGUGCUUUUUUUUUGUGGUUAAUCUCUGGUUAAAGACACAGGAAUCUCCCAGAUUAUAUCAUGAGUCACUCUCAUAGCCACUCCAAGCCUGUAACCAUGCUGAAGACACCAAACAUUACUACAAUGUACUGAAAAGACUCGACUCCAGCGAAAGUUUGUCUCACCAGAAAGAGCCCAAAAUCACUGGGCAGACAGCUGAAGUUUAGGAGGUGGAGUCUCCCAGCUGGGGACAGCAUGAUUGAAUCCAUUUGCCUUAUUUCUGUCGAGCUUCUGCCUUCACUUUCUGGUCUUUAAAAAAUUUAAUA